AUGAUGGCAGUGCAACCCUUUGCACCUACAGACUUUUCUGAAGUCAUUUAUCAUGUGUCAAAGUUUGCCAAAGCUGAAUCGAGACGCCGACUUGGCUUGUACUUUGUCCUGUUGAUCCUUACCGAUGGAGGUCUCACAAACCCACGCCGCACUAUUGAAGCCAUCGUAGAUUGUUCUCCUCAUCCGAUGAGCAUAAUUGCCGUUGGAAUUGGGAAGGAUCGAGAAUUUGCAAGCGUGAAAGCUUUGGAAUCACCGGUUCUCAAGCACUCUGACGGUCGUCCAUUGGCCAGACAGAACUUCCAAUUCGUUCCAUUCGAUGAACUGGACAGUGAUGAUGCAGUGGCACUGAUUCCUCUCCAAAUUGCGCAAUGGCGGAAUUUGGUUUCGGAGAAGCCGUAA